AUGAAGUUUACAGCUAUCGCUUCUGUUCUUCUGGCUGCCAGCUCGGCAUUCGCCGCGCCUUCAAAUGCCAAGCGCUCCACCUCUCUUCAAAUCACCGAUUUUCAGGCUAGUGCUGCUGAUCCGGACAGUGCUUCCAUGCACUUUGUCCUCACGGAUCCCAACUAUCCUGACGAUACUCCCACUGACUGCAACUUGAUUUGGUCUUACGGCAGCCUGCCAAAGGAGGGGGCGCGGUGCAACAACGGGGAGUACUACAUUAAGUUCCCCCAGGGUGCUCCCGACUUCAAUCUUUUCACUUUGGAACUCCAACGAGUAAGCGGUUCGAUCCCAGAGGAUGGCCAAAUCCUACUGAGUUCAAACGCCAACGGAGGCGCUCCCGGAACCAAAUGGAUCUGUGUGAACAACCCUGUUGAGCAUGUCAAGAUUCGCUGCCACUACGAGGGCACUCUUGAUAUCGAAGUUUGA